CAACGACAUGUUCUUCAAGACCAUCACCCUCGCCCUCUUCGCAUCUUCUGCCGCCUUCGCCGCCUCCAUCCAGCAGAGGCAGCUCAACCCCAGUGUUCAGCUCUGCUCCAACAAGGACUUCAACGACUGCGACAAUGUGAACUUUCACUUUGGCAUCUGUGAGGCCGCCGCAAGGCUGAACGACAAGGUCAGCUCGCUCAAGGCGAACGGCCAUAACUGCAUCUUCUACAACGAUACCGGUUGCCGAAAUGGAAACGGCCAGAUUGCUACCACCGGCGAUGUCGCCAAUAUUCGUUCCGAUGGUUCCUUCUCCACUACGCACGAUGAUGUUUCGUCGUUCUUGUGCAGUAUCUAA